AUGAACAGCGGCAAAAUUAAUGGGAAUGUACCGCGGAAGGACAAUGACGUAAAAGACGAUUGGAAUGCAUACGAAAAUUAUGGUGCUGGACAUGGAAAGAAUAACCAUGUCUGUGUGCACAUCCACAAUAACAUACACCUUUAUUACAAUCCGGGUGAUAAUUUAUGUAGCAUCGAUAGAGUUAUUAAUACGUCUAGCAAUAACGUAAUAGACUUGGACAUAUUUCAGAAUAAGAAAAGAGAUGUGCAAGACAUCGGAAAAUUGAAGAACAACUUCCAUUUUAACAAGCGAAACGAGUUAUACAGAGACAUUGCGUUGCUUGUGUGGGAUAGUUGGUUGGACAGUGGUCGCGCAAGUGUUCACGGCUGGGCGGAAGCGGGUUGCAUUAGUGAUGCGGCUCAGAGGUACUUUACCACGUCCAGUUGCAACAAAAGUGGUGUUAACUGCAGUCACAACUGUGCCCCGCCGAAUGACGCCAGCAUCUGCAGUUAUGCCAACCCAAGAAGUAAACACAAAUUUGCCUCUGAUCAGCAAAACGCUUCAACUAAAAAAAGAAUGUCAGAAGAAUUUAGAAGCCCAAGGAAUAAUCACAACAAGCAGUACUUCGAAAAAGAGCACUCCACUAAUCAACUCAAUUUUUACGAUAAUGACUCGAACGGGAACAGCCCAAAACUGACGGGAAAACACCAUCAGUUUAGCAACAAUCACGACGGCAGCAGAAUUGCCGUUUUGAAAAAGAAAGACACAAGUGAAGUAAAAUUGCAAAGUCUACAUGGGGGUGGACCACACGAGGGGGGGAAGCAUACACAAAUUGUUAACAUUCCUCCUGGCAACUAUCGCCAUGACAAAAGUGACUGUACAGUGCCGGAAUUGCAAAAUGGGAAGAGCGAGUUAAGUUAUAACAGCGCCAUCGACGCUUUCAUGAGCGGAGAAUAUGUUAAUUGUGAAAACUUUCGUUGCGAUGCGGAUGGUUUGGGAGAGCAUUCCAACAUAGGGGGGAUUGACUGUGCAUAUAAAUUAUCGGACGCCGGGGAGAGAUCCAGCUCCUUCGGAAACAGGGAAUCUACACAGGGCGGCUCGGCAAAAGGUGCUGCCACAAAGUGCAAUUUGCCAAGCAGGGACAAGUGGGACAAACGCAGGGAAGUACACGAGCAGGGGAAAAUAUUUUCCCCACGGAAAUGGUGCGAGGUGGUAAGUUGCCCAACUGGUAACCAGCCCGAAGGAAAUGACACAUUGGAAAAAAUAGAGAAAUGGGAAUUUCAAAAAAACAGCAUGCACAGCGAUACAAAUGGGGGAGAAAAUAUGCCGUACUUUGAUGAACAGCUAAUAAAAAAGUCGAACUUGUCCGGUACUCACCAUAGCCAUAUUCCUGUGGAGGAAAAAAAAAAAAAAAAUUGGCUAGAUAGCGAAAAUGGGUCUUCCAAGCUAAAUGGUGAAAGGAAAGGGGGAAAUGGGCCUACGGAGGGUAUCAAACUAACGGAAAAGAGCACCAUCGCAGAGGGGCUUGACGAUAAUUUAAUUUCUAAUUGGGCGUUGCACACGUUUGAAGAUGACAAAUUAAGUUAUGACCGUGUGUGCAAAUUUGAUGAUAAUAAAAAUUGCCUGAACGGGUCAUGCGAAAGUGUCUACACAAAUGACCUGAUUAAGUCAGAUGAUGGCCGUCCCACGAGUGACCCCCAAGGAAGAGGAAACACUGGGAGCUACUACAUGGAAAGCAAACCCUGCAGCACUCGCAGCAUCCAUAGCGUGCACAGCGAGGAGUGCCCAAAGGAGCAUCCCGCAAACGGUGGAUUUGACAAUAAUUGCAAAAAAGUGUUACCUGCAAGGGACGAGGAAUAUUUUCACGUCGAGCAAAAUGGAUGCAAGGAAGACAGUUUUCACAUGAACAGUCAUAAUUUUCAGCACAUUUUUAACCAAAGUGCAAAUGAGCAAAGUUCACAUAGUUGCUACGAAAAAGACUUGCACAGUGACCGUUGCCCAAAAAGUCCAGUUUGCAAAAAUGACACGGCGUACAAUGAGAACAAUUACACACACACGGAAGAUACAUACGUUGAAAAUAAAAAAAAAAAUAUUUGUGAGGAAAAAAACAACAACGCAAAAAUUGACUUGUUAAAAAAAGCAACGGCAUACGACCAAGUGUCAGCAUCAAAUGGCGUUUCCACAGAUUCCUACAUCAAUAAACAAAUAAAUUCAAUUUUUGGAGAUUUCAAAAAAGACGGUCAUUUAAGUGAAGAUAAUAUUGCACAAAUAGUUCAUGGCACUUUUGUGAGGGAAAAAAAUUUUCUAUUUCAAAAAAGUAUUGAUAUGGAAAUUGAGAAAAAGGAACAUAUGAAAUAUAACCCCACCACGCUUUUGCAAAAAAAUCAAUAUUUAAAAAAUAAUUUUAGCAACGGAAAUUACGAGAAAUCGGAAAAAUUAAAUGGUCACAAUAACAACAUAUUGACGUUUAACGUUGCUCAACAUUUCUUGGAGAAUAACAAGCACGAUAACAUUUCGUGCAAAAGCAUUAACGUUGGGUCACAUGAAAGUAAGAUGUUUACCACCGCCACUACCAUAUCAGGACAAGGGCAAGGAAAUGACUUGCAUGAAUUUUUACACUUUUGUGAUGAGAACCAAGUUGGAAGUGAACCGAGAGGACUCCAAUUAUAUGACUUGCUCGAAAUUUAUGACAGAAACAAUUACACCGUUCCAAUUGAGGAAGCAACUCAGGACGAAUUUGUAGAAAUUUAUGAUACCAUUAAUGGCACAGGGAGGAAAGAAAAUAACAACAUGAAUGAUGAAUUUCUGGAGAUCUCUCACCAGCAGAAAAAUUCAAUCAUGCACGUCGAAGAUGAAUUUUUGCACAUUCGUGAGAAAUUACAAAACAGUGCAGCUGGUCCCCAGGAGGACGAAUUUUUAGACAUAUACAAUAGAAUUGUUAGCGCGAAAAAUGCACAGGUUGAUGAGUUUUCGGAUAUCUGUAGCGGGGAGGAGAGGUUCCAGCAGAUGCGACAGCGUCAGCGUGAAUGCUGGGGAGAGCAAGUGCUCGGCAACGCUGAGAGGAAGUGCUUGGAAAAGGCAGACCGUGAUGAAGGUGGGAAAAGUGGAAACAAUGGGCAGAACGCACAAAGUGAGCAAAGCGAUCAAUUGCAUCAAAGCCGGGGAAACCACUUUACACCCAGCUACAAUGCGAGGAAAAAGGUUAAGCAAAGUGAACCCCCCGAUCUGUUGGAAGAUCCGCCCCAAGGAAAUAAGAGCUCCGUGAGCGAGAGACCCCCAAAUUACAGCUCGUUCACGUAUGCUUCUGGGAAGGAUGUGAACAUAAAUAAAGACGUGCUGAACGAAAUGAGGAAAAAGCUGUUCGGCGAUGACGAUGAGGGAGAAGGGUGCAGUACCAUGGAGGCAAUUCCGACCCAGGGAAGCACCGAAGUCAAGCCUAGUAGCAGUCAUAAUUACUCAUUUAGUAGCGUGCAUUUGCCCAGUGAAAUUGUCCCUCCCAGCAAUGGCAAAGAUCACAAACCGUUCACGUACGCCUCCGGGAAGGAAGUGAGCAUAAACAGGGACGUGCUGAACCGGAUGCGGGAGACUUUAUUCGGGGAUGACGACGUCGUCAGCGACAACGCUAAUAAUAGUAGCAGUAACAACAACAACAGCAACAGCGGUAACAACAGCAUUGGGGGCGCGAGGGAGCAACCGCUCGGCUCCUUUACGUAUGCCUCCGGGAAGGAAGUGAACAUUAACAAGGACGUGCUAAGUCAAAUGAGAGACAAGCUGUUCGGGGACGACGAGCACCUUGAGAACGGCGGCUCCUGCCUGGACAACAUGAGAAAAAAAAAAACACACAUAGAUCUCAAUAUCCGAAAUGGGGACAAAAUUGAGCAAAGAAAUGAGAAUCAGUUGGGAUAUGCCUCCCUGACGUUAGUACACCCAUUGGGGAGCGAAGAAGACAAAGGGGGGAAGGAAGCGGAGAGUAGGAGAGGGUCCAACUUUAGCAACGCGAACAAGGUGAAUCUGCCUGAUGGGUCAGAGCAUGACAAGCAUGUUAUAACAGAACAGAGGGAAAUCAAAGUGGAAGAGGUGAUUAAGAAGAACAAAGAAGAUGAGAAACAGUUUGAGUGCACGGACCCUCAGUCGAAGGACAUCAAAGUGGAGUGCACACAAAAGGGCAUUCUUCCAUCAGGGAGGGACCAGACAGGAGAUAGCCUUCACGAAGGGGUGAGCGUAAAAGAAGAGGAACUAUGCGCAUCAGAGGGUUGCAACGAAAUUGUAAACACGGAGGCGAAUCUGUUACACAGUGUAAAAUAUAAGGGCAGCUCUACAGAGUGUGGAAAUACUACAAAGGGGAGAGUGGGAGGACAAAUGUUAAGGAGUGAUGUGAAGAGUAAAAAUAAUUUUGUUAACCCGAGGAAGCGCAAGUUAAGCGAACAAGGGAGCAGCGAACAGUGGGUUCACGAAAGGGGAGAAAUUAAUCACACGAAUAAGACAAAUGCUACUUCCAUUGGUAAAAAAAACAAACAACUCGAUUUAAGCCUCAACUUGAGAGACCACUUGAAGCUGAUAAGAGAUAUGUACACCCUUUUGGCGAAAAGGAAAAAGUUAAAAGGAAACAGAAGAUUGACAAACAGCCUCAUGUACGUGAAUGAAAAUAAACAAGGGUACACAUUUAACUGGUCCGACAAUGAUUAUUUGUAUUUUUUAAAAAAUGAAAAACUCAAUGAGUACUACACUGCUGAUGUGACUGUCUUGUAUGAGCUGUUCGUGCUAACCGCAAAACAGCUUAACAUUUUCCAUUCGUACGAUUUUGCUUGGUUUUUAAAGAAGUACAAAUUGGUAACCAUGGUGCUGGUGCGUAAGUACACGAAGGAGCUCCAAAGAAGGUACAAACUACUGCGGGAGGGGGAAAGGUUCCAUUACAAUAGAAGUUACUUCCAUGAAGGGAAAGAACAUUUCGGGGAGAUCUCCUUAGAAUGCAAGAAUGAAGACAAGCGCGCCCUGCAGGGGGAACAUGCUGUCGUCCUUAAACCCCUUGUUAAGGAGGAAAAGGAUGAGCGACAUAAAGAGGGUUGUAUUUCCCCCGUCGCAGAAGGGUGUGCGUAUGGGGGGAAAGCACCGGGGGUAAAUCCCCGUGUCAAGAGUGAAUUAUUUAGUGGGCCAGUCCCAAACGGCUCUGUCCUCCGUGGAGAUAUGCAUCAGUGUGGGGUGAAAAUGAGUGAAACGAGUGGAACGGUGUUGAGAGGAGAGGUGGCCAGAUCCCUGUCCCCUGAGUAUACAUUCCACACGUGUGAAUUUGGACAAAGGAUGAGAAGGUCCACCCAGCCACUGCUCACCAUUCGAAUCAUGGACGAGGUGGAACCCCCCUCCCCAAUCGAGUUCAUGUUUAAAUUGCUAAAACGAUAUGUAGAGGAAAAAAAAAACAAAAAGUCCAUCCUUCAGAUGAUGCUGGAUAAUACCGUGUCCUACAAAGUACCCGUAAAUUUGCGAGUGGAAAAAAUUAUAAAAAACAAAGACAAUGAAUUUAUUUUAAUUUUGAGUGACAACUUCGAGUACAUACAUUGUACCCCGAAAGAUUCUUAUUUAAAAAACCUAAUCAUGUCAAAUAUAAUAAAGCAAGGCAAUGUGUUAAGAAUUAAUGGACUAGAUCUUCAAAAAGAGACACAGGAGCAAAAUCAGAUUCAGCCUUGCCAUAAGUCCAUGAUGUUGUUUUCCCUUUCUAGUAACGAUUUGAUCGAAAUAGAUCAACAGAAUAAUCUCAAAGUAGGGUUAACAAAAUAUAAGGCGAAAAGAAUUAAACAUAUUGAGCACUGGGGAAACUCCUGCUUCUUUGUAGAUGUCAUAAUUAUUAGCAAGAGUGAUUUAUCCUACGGGUUCUUUGACUCUGUAAAGAAGAAGUACUACCUGAUACAUAGCAAUGUGUACGAGAAGAUUAUCUAUAAUUUGAGACACGAAAUGAGCAAGCUCCUGGAGGAGGAGAACUUUCAGGAGGAUGCUCGAUAUAUCAAAGUGAAAAACGACUUGAAUAUGUUCCUAGAGGCCACUUCCUUUUGCAUCGUGCAAGCCAUAGACUUUGCGGUUUGCGAACGGAUAAGGGGGGAGACAUCUCUGGAUAACAAGAUCGAGCACAUCAUCAACUCGAUGUGCCGAGUGAAGUUCUUCCGGAUAAACAUGGAGACGUACGAAAGUCUGCGACGGGGGAGCCGCAUCCAGAUGUUCAACGUGUACGUACAAAAGUCAAAAAAUAACAAUAAAUUCAGUCGAGUGAGGGGUGAAGACAAUAUAGACGAUUUUAUUUACGGGACAUUUGAGGAUAGCAACAGAGUUAACCACAUGAUGAAGGCACUGAAUUAUGAUUCUUUUGAAUCACACUUUUUUAAGGAAGAGAUGAAGAGCAAAAAUGAAGCUAGCGAAGGAAGUUACCCAGAUAACUACCCGGAUGAUUACAUGCAGAAUUCAUUAAGCGGGUUUGUGGGGACAGGAAAAAAGCACACGCCCAUAAUCUUUCAAGCCACCCAGGCGACGUACAUUAAUUUGGAUGAUAAGUAUAGGAGUAAAUUGUUCCAAGAGCUUAAGGACAUGGUGACCUUGGCAAGUAGCACACAAGGGAACCAACCUGGAAGGAAAAGUCAAACCAAACUUAAGAGAAAGGAGCAGCAGGUUUGCUACCCAUCGUUUAUCUAUACAAACCUUUUUAAAAUCCCCGUGUUAUCUAGGAUCCACAUGGCCCUUUUGAGAAACUACGCCAAGAUAAAUGUGAGUGGAAAAUUUUUCUACUACGAUUUAAUUCAGGGCAAUUUAUACACCCUCUCGGGGGUGAUAGUGCACUACACGGACGUCGAGGUGCAGGAAGUUAUGGACUACGCCGGCGCUGAAGACAAGAAAAAGGUUUUGUUUUACAAAGUUUUUCUUCUAACGUCCAACGGAAAUCUAUGCUGCGUAAGCAUUUCAAUGAUUACUCCGGACUCCUUACUGUCGACAUACAUGAAAGACUUCGAGUACAAGGAGAGAGAAAUUCUUAAGAAGAUGAUUCACAUUCAGCAUGUAGAGACUAGUGGGGUCCAGAAGGGAGAACAUAAAAAGGGCCAAGCAGACAACAGAAGUGUUGCUAGCAAUAACAGGAACCAUUUGUACAAUUACUUGUACAAGGUAGAAAGAAACAACACGGAGAGUCCUUCCAAGGAGGACAUGGAAAACAAAAACGUUGAUGUUGUUAUGUUUUUUAAAGAUGUGGAGUUUAUCAAUUAUGACGAGAAGUGCCACAUUUAUAACUUUCGCUCAUACGAUCACCCGCACUUUCACCCCCCGAGGUUGUACUCGGACGAUUUUGAGCACACAAAAAGGAGCAUCGCCGAGUUAAUCAGAGGAAAGUACAUUGAGUGUGAAAAAAACAGACUAAUCGUGAAACUAACCGACAGCUGGAAAAUAAAAAUCGAAAAAGACAAUCUUCCUCACAUGCAUUUCCUUUAUUUGCUUAUUUACUCAAAAUCGAAAUCCAUUGAAUUGACUGGAGUUCACCUUAAGAACAAUUACUUAUCCAACUUUUUGAAGAACAUAUGGAAUGUGUUUGUUAAGUAA